UAUAAAUUUAAUAUUUAUUUGGAUACAAAUUAAAGUUUACUAAUAAAUUUAAUAUAAAUGUGGCCACCUUCCCAUUUUAGUUUGUCCCACUAAAAGUGGCCACUUUCUUAAAAUAUAAAUAUUUACUUUAAUUUAGUCUAAUUAAUUAAUCUAAUUAAAUCUAACUAAACCUACUAAUUAAAUAAACUCCCACCCAAAAGAAUUCCUGCCUCCAACCGCCCACCACCUUUCUCUCUCUCUCUCUCUCUCUCGCCCCGCCGCCUAACCCCGCCGCCCCCGCCAGCAGCCACCGCCCUCUCACCCCCUACCCACACCACAGGCCCUCGCCGGAAGAGGACCGUUCCGGUGGAUCUCCUUCUCCGCUUCUCCACCGACUCGCUCCUCUGCUUCUCCACCGACUCGUUCGCCGCAGUCAACCGCCGCACCGCCGUCAGCCACGACCGCCGACGCCCCUUUCUUCCCCUCCACAAAACACACACACCGACGACCACCGCCUCAGUUUCGAUUUCCCCAGCCACGGCGCGGCCCUUCUCUCACAAACUCUAGAUCUAAACUCACCGCCUCAGCUUCGAUUUCCGGCGACCGCGCAUAGCAGCUAGCGAACCAGCCACCGCCGCACGCCCCAAAACCUCUCAUCUCCGUCUCAACCUCUCCUUCAAGUCCGGCGACUGCACAGCCAUAGGGCUGCCGCCGCCGAGCUCCAUAACCCCUGAUUCCAGGCACUUUAAUCGUGGCCCUUGGCCUCGAUUCCCGACGACGAAUCUGGUUAUGCUAUUUGUCUGAUUUGGUUUUUGGCUAUGCAAUUUUUUGGUUUUUGAUUUUUAGUUUUUGGUUUCUGAUUUUUGGUUUCUGGCUAUGCGAUUUGGUAUUUGCGAUUUGAUAGAGGGUGAGGGACGACCGCCGGCUUCGCCGUUGCCUUCGCCGGCGGCAGACUGUGGAACAGAUUAAGUGAGAAGAAGAAGAAUGUUUUCCACACUUAAUUAACUCUUUAAUUUUGUGGACCACACAUAAUUAAAACAUAACCAUCCCUUUCUUAAUUUCCAUGCCAAAAACAAAGUGGCCACAUUUAUUGGGACGGAUGGAGUAUACUUUAAUAAUAUUUUAUGAAUUUAUUCUUUUUUGGAGAAUUUAUGAAAUUAAUUCUUAAAUAUUGAAAUGUGAUAUAUAUAUAUAUAUAUAUUUUGGAAAUGAGAUGUGAUAUUAAAAAGACCUAGAAAUAUUUAAUAAUAAUAAUAAUAAUAAUAAUAAAAAAGACAUGGAAAUAUAAAUUUGAACAAACUUGGUUACAAUAAGCGAGAAGAUUUUAGCAGCCAAUAAGUAAUCUCCAGGUGUGAGAAAGUAGGAUAUGGUAAGUGUGAUAACAAACAUAUGGUAAGUGUGAUAACGUUUGAACACCAUAUCCAGGAAACAAACCAUACAAGGAGCGCCACGUGUCGAAAUAAGAAUCAGGAAAUGGGGCAUAAUAUGUGUCGAAAUAAGAAUCACGAAAUGGGACAUAAUAUUAUCAAGGCAAGGCAAGCAGUGAGAGUGCAGUGUAUCGAGGGUUGAAGAAAGUUCCGAGAGAGAUAUUAUUAAUGGCAAGCAGCAUGAUGAGUUCCGUGGCUUUGAAGCCGGCGUCCUUCUCCGCCGACAAGUCGGGCGUGCGAGGCCUGCCAUCGCUCGCCAGAACCACCCCUUUCAGAGUGCAAGCCAGCGGCGGCAAGAAGAUCAAGACCGACACACCUUAUGGAACUGGCGGCGGCAUGGACUUGCGAAAUGGCCUCGACGCCUCCGGCCGGAAGCCUAAGGGAAAGGGCGUGUACCAGUUCGUGGACAAAUACGGUGCUAACGUCGAUGGAUACAGCCCCAUCUACGACGAGAAGGAUUGGUCUCCCUCCGGUGAUGUCUACGUCGGAGGCACUACUGGCUUGGCCAUAUGGGCGGUCACCCUCCUCGGCAUCCUUGCCGGCGGCGCUCUUCUCGUCUACAACACCAGUGCUUUGGCGCAGUAACUUUAAUACUCUUUUCUGCAAUUCCCUUUGUAAUCCAUCAAUCAUUCCUGUAACAUGUAUGUUGUGAUAUACUUUACUCCCGCCUUCAUACAUUAUCCUUCAUUUUAAUGAAAAAAUUCCCACCACAGUCUUCAUUGA